AUGGCGGAAGAGACUAUCACUUGUUUAGCUUGUGGAAAUAAAGCAGAUAAAGGUUCUAAAGUGCCAGCAAUUCAGUCCCUUGCUGCUCCCACUUCUUAUACCACUCCCCUCACUCCCACUACUCCUAUUGUUCAUGCUACUCCCACUUCUGAAUCUACUUCUCUCUCUUGUGCUAUUUCUCUUGCUCCCACUACUACCACCAGUCAUGCUUCUCUAACUUCUAAUACCACUCCCCUCUCUUCUGCUACUCCCCUCACUCCUACUACUCCUAUCAUUCAUGCUACUCUUACUUCUGAUACCACUUCCCUUUCUUGUGUUUUUUCUCUUACUCCCACUACUUUCACCAGUCAUGCUUCUUCAAUUUCUGGUACCAAUUCCCUUUCUUGUGUUAUUUCUUUUGCUCCCACUAUUCCCACCAGUAAUGCUUCUCAAACUUCUGACACCACUCCCAUCACUCCUACUUCUCCUAUUGUUCAUGCUACUCCAACUUCUGAUACUACUCCCCUCUCUUGUGCUACUCCCCUUUCUUGUGUUACUCCACUUCUAAUUGUUGCUCCAACACGUAGUUCUGCCGGUAUUAAGAGGCAUAAUUCAAAGUCUCGUUUUUCAUCUAGAAACAAAAGACUGUGUGAUAAUGCCACCUCACCUACUGUUGGUAUUGGGUACAAAAGUGGCUUUAAAUCGUAUAAACAGAAUGCUCCAAGAUAUAUAAAGUUGAUAUGUAAUGUAGGAAGGGCCACAGACAGUGCAAGCAGUAUUGCCUGUUCUACUUUGAAAGAUAAGGAAGUGCAAAAGUAUCUUGCUGUUGGAAUGGGGAGGUUGCUGA